AUGGCCUCCAAACACUCCAACGCAUGCUGUGAGACCCCAGUGCCAGUCAACGUUGCAGAUUAUCAUGCCCAAGGAAAAUACUUUGAUAUACAUGGCGAGAGAGUCUAUGUCGCCGGUGACAAGACCGCUACUCGCGCCAUUGUCUGGGUCUUCGACAUCUUCGGAUUUUCACCCCAAACACUACGAGGUGCAGACACCGUUGCUGCCAGUCUUUCGAGUUCAUCAAAGGGCCCUGCAGCAGUCCUUGUUCCUGACUGGUUUGACGGCGCCGUGGCGGACAAAGCCUGGGUACCCCCUGUUACAGACGAACAGGCAGCAAAGCUCGGAAACUUCAUCAAGACAAAAGCCGCCCCCGAGCUGGUCGUUCCCCGAGUACUCAAAUUUGCUGAGGAACUGAAACAACAGCAGCCUGUUCUUCCCAAUGUUCAGACUUUGGGUAUAUUCGGAUUUUGCUGGGGCGGCAAGUUAGCCUCUAUAGCGUGUCAGAAAUCUUCGAAUAGUGUCUUUGCAGUCGCUGUUCAGACGUCCCCUUCAAGCGCAGAUCCUGAAGAAGCAGCGUAUAUCUCAGUGCCAAUGGCAUUGCUCCUUUCCAAGGACGAAGACUUGAAGACGAUGCAGAAAUUCUAUGGCAAUCUUCCCUCGUCAGAUAAAUUCAUGGAGAGAUUUGAAGGUCAGAUACAUGGCUGGAUGAGUGGGCGUGGAGACCUCUCUGAUCUAAUGAUCAAGGCGGAGGUUGAAAGGGGAUACAAACUAGCGGUAGAAUUCUUUGAGAAAUAUCUCUAA